AUGGCGCUCAGAGUUGGUGUCCGGCGGCUCUCCCACCUGCCAGGCCACGGCGAGCGGCAGGUGCAGCUCAGCUUCCGAGGUUUCACCCAGAAGACGAGGAAAAUCCGCUGUGGUGCAGAGGCUGUGUUUGGGGAGCUCUUUCGCUGGCCUCACUAUGGAAAGCUCAUCAUGGGAGAGGUGCUCUCCAUUAAGGUUUACAACUGCAGCAAGGUUUUCAGUAACAGGCUUCUUGGCACCCUUGUCCUCAGCCUCCAGCACCUGAUGACAUCUGGGAGGCUGAUCCUCCGGGAGGCCCUUGUGGACAGGAACCACAGCAUCACCAGUAUCUACAUAGAGUUGGAUUUGCGCUACCAACCUCCAGAUGGCUCAGCUGGGACCUGGGUUGGAGAGGACUUUGUCUAUCAGAUGAGAGACAGUUCAGAGUUAAUCAUCCACAAUCCUGGAUUUGAGGAGCCGGAGGCAGCCAAGGGGCCAAGAGCAAGUGAGAUGGACAAAAAGGCAGCUGCGCUGGGCAGGAAGCUGGCAAAGGGCCUGGAGACUGAGGAGGAGGAGGAAGAGGAGGAAGAAGACUUUUAUGAUGUAUCUGACAUGGAGGUCUUGGGCAUUGUCUUCAGCCCUGUGAAGAGCCGUUCCAGACUUUGCUCCACACGGGACCUGUUUGCCACCCCAACCCCACAGAGCUUCCAGGUUGGGAUUAAUAUCAUUGAAGCACAGAAGCUGGUAGGGGUGAACAUUAACCCCUUUGUGGUAGUCAAGGUUGGAGAGGAGAAGAGGCACACAGUGACACAGAAGUCAACAAAUUGCCCUUUCUACAAUGAGUACUUUUUGUUUGAAUUCCAUGAGCCAAGGGAAGUUUUAUUUCACAGACUCAUAGAGAUUUCAGUUUUUCAUUCAAAGAACAUACCAUUUCUGGCAACAUGCAUAGGAACAUUCAAGAUGGACAUUGUAACAGUGUACAGCCAACCAGACCACAGUUUUUUCCAGAAAUGGGCUGUUAUCAGUGACCCCACAGACACUCGGGCAGGCGUGAAAGGCUUUGUGAAGUGCAACAUCUCUGUCACUGCACGUGGGGACGUUGUGGGCUCCCUUCCCACCUCCUCCAGCAGCCGUGUUGAGGAUAUUGAAAGGAACCUGCUGCUGCCUAAGAGAGUCCCUGCAGAGAGACCCUGGGCCAGGGUCUGUAUCAAGCUGUAUCGUGCUGAAGGCCUGCCCAGCAUGAGCGCAGGCAUCAUGGGUGGUUUCUCCAAGAUCAUAGGGGAGAAAAAAGUGUUUAUUGACCCAUAUGUGCAGGUCUCAUUCUGUGGGCAGCAGGGGGAGACAUCAGUGGAGAGCAACACCACUGAGCCUGAGUGGAAUGAGCAGAUCAGCUUCAUUGAGAUGUUCCCACCUCUUGCCAAGAAGAUAAAAGUCCAGGUGCUGGAUGAUGCCAAUGUUGGUGAUGUAGCCAUCGCCACACACUACAUUGACCUGCAGCAGAUCUCAGACCCUGGCAGGAACGGCUUUAACCCCACGUUUGGCCCAGCCUGGGUGAACCUGUAUGGCUCCCCCCAAAAUUCAGCUCUGCGAGACAUCCACAAGGACCUGAAUGAGGGCGUGGGCGAGGGAAUCUUCUACCGUGGGCGCAUCCUCAUGGCUAUCACAAUGGAGAUUUUCAGCAGCCCCAGUGUGGCAGAGAGGAAGCUUGCGGACAAGAUGAAAAGUGCCCUAAGCAAACCGAAGCUGAAGAAGAAAAGUAAAAAAUCCAAGGAGAAAGCCAAAGAGCUGAGCCAGCUGCAGGGAGAGGAGGAGGAUGGGGGCUCUCAGGAGGCUGAGCAACCUGGGGAGGUCAUUGUGGAGGUGGAGGAGCUUCAUCCACUCCCUGUGAAUGCGUUGGGGAAGAAAGAGGAAUUCCUCCUCUUUGCUGCCUUCUUUGAAGCCACGAUGAUGGACUCCUCACUUGGCUCCAAGCCUGUCAGCUUUGAGGUCUCUAUAGGAAACUAUGGCAAAGCUGAAGAGGUUGUGACCAAAGUACGUAAAAAAGGGGAGAAGGGAGAAGGGAGAGAAGAAAAGCAGCCUUUGCUGGACCCCGGUUCUGACAGUGAGACGGAUGUUGAAGUCCUGGGCCCUGUUUUGGCCCCAUUGAACAAAUCAGUGACAAAGAGCCAGAAACCAGAGCCCAUGGAGUAUGACAGGUCAUACAGCUGCCUGCCCAUGACACAUGAGAAACCCUGCGUGUACAUGUGGAGCUACUGGGAGGAUCACACCUGGAGACUCUGCAUUUCCAACUGGAUUGUCAAGCUGGCAGAACGCCUGGAGCAGGGGCUAGAUGAUAUGGAGAAGCUCAUGAGAAGGCCAAAGGCUAAAGCAGAAGAGAGGCUCCGAGAAGUGCUGGAGGAAUUUGCAGCUGGGUGCAGGCUAUAUUCACUCAGCGCAGAGAGAAAAACAAUGGCACAUCCAAACAACCUUGACAGAUGUCGGACGAAAUACAUGAUGCGCAACAUUAUCCUGUAUGCAAAGCAGGGGCUCCGUGUGAGGCGGCAGCUGACUCGAGCCAAUGUCAAGGAGAAGGUUAAGGAGAUGAGGAGAAUCCUGGCCAAGCUACGCUUCAUGGCUCAAGAGCCCCAGUGCACCCUCCCUGACAUCCUCAUCUGGAUGCUCAGCAACAACCGGCGUGUGGCAUACGCAAGAGUCCCUGCACAGAACAUCCUCUACUCAGUAGUUGAAGAGGAGAAAGGCAAGGACUGUGCAAAGAUCCAGACUGUCUUUUUGAAGGUCCCCGGGCUACAUACUGGAGAGAUCUUUGCCAAACUGGAAAUCUACAUGUGGCUCGGGGUUACCAAAUAUGCAAAGAACUGCAUGGUGGAGCUGCCCAAGGAUUUCAAGUACCUCUCUGAGAGUGGGCAGGAGAUCACCCAGUUAUCAGUGUACAGUCUUCCCAGCCGACUCAGCAGGGAUGAUUUCAGCUAUUUCCAGCUCCGAGCCCAUCUGUAUCAGGCUCGAGGGAUCCUCCCUGCAGGUGACAAUGGCCUUUCCGAUCCAUUUGCAAGAGUGGUGUUUUCAACUUAUUGCCAGACCACCAGGACAGUGGAGGAGACACUGAGUCCAAUGUGGAAUGAAUUACUUCUGUUUGACCAGCUCAUUAUUGAUGGGAAAAGAGAAGAGUUGAAAACAGAGACACCCAUCGUUAUAGUCAAUCUCUUCAACCACAGUAAAUUUGGCUCCCCUGAGUUCCUUGGCCAGGCCUUUGCUGUCCCACACGUGAAGCUGGUUGAUGAGCCGUACAGCAAACCUGCUCUGCAGUUCUUUGAUUUCUACAAAGGCACCAAAGCGGCUGGGGAGCUCAUUGCCACUUUUGAGCUGAUUGAGCUGGAUUACAGUGGCUAUUUGGAGCCAUCAUUGCCUGAGGACGUGGAGCCCAAGGAGCCCAGCUAUUUGAAAGACCCCCGUGAUGGACGAUUCAUUAUCCCAGAGGGCAUCCGCCCAGUGCUGAAGGAGUUUCGCAUAGAGAUCCUGUUCUGGGGCCUGCGGGACCUGAAGCGGGUCAACUUGUUUGAGGUGGAUCAGCCCCAGGUGAUCAUUGAAUGUGCUGGCAAGAAGGUGGAGUCGGAGGUAAUUGUGGCCUACAAAGAGAACCCCAGUUUCACCGAGGUGGUCAAAUACAUGGACGUGGAGCUCCCUGAGCAGGUCUACCUGCACCCUCCCCUCAGCAUCUUUGUUGUGGAAAAGCGGGCAUUUGGGCGCACCGUGCUGGUGGGAACCCAUGUUGUGUCCGACGUGAUGAAAUUCUCUCCAAGAGAACUCGAAGAAGAGGAAACAGAAAAUGUGCCCAGAGCUCGGAAAGUCUCAUCCCAGCAUCUUCCCUCUCAGACUGGCCCUGCUACUGGUGACCCAGGCCCCAGCACUCACCCCUUGAGUUUGGUAAAGGCUCCUUUAAAGAAGAUUCCUAUUAAUAAGCUUGCAAAGAAAGAGGAUGAAUAUGACGAGGAGAAACCAGAUCUGGAAGAACUGGAUUGGUGGUCCAAGUACUAUGAGUCCCUGAAGGAGCUGUAUAACCAGACACGCAUUGAUGAGGAAGAUGCUGAGAAUGAUGACCUGAAUGAUGCAGAUGGAGGCAAUUUAAAUGCAGCCUACAUUGAUAUGGAAGCAGAAGAUGAGGCAGUAACUGAAGCUGAACCUGCUCGACCCAAGAGGAAGCUCAUUGCCACCCUUCAAAUCUAUAACUCUGAGCUGGAAAAUGAGUUUGGUAAUUUUGAAGACUGGCUGUGUAUUUUUCCCCUUCAUCGUGGCAAAGCAAAUGAGGAUGAAGAUGGAAAUGAGGAUGAACAUUUUGUGGGGAAGUACAAGGGCUCCUUCUAUGUCUACCCUACUGUGGAAGCCAGCAAGGAGCCAAGGGUCUCCCAGGGUGUUCCAAGGAACAGGCCCAUCAAGGUUCUCAUUAGAGUUUAUAUUGUUAAGGCUACAAACCUGUCUCCAGCAGACCCCAAUGGCAAAGCAGACCCCUACGUGGUGGUGACAGUGGGGCAGGAGCGGAAGGACACCAAGGAGCGAUACAUCCCAAAGCAGCUCAAUCCUGUGUUUGGAGAAGUCGUGGAGCUGACAGUCUCCUUUCCCAUGGAAUCAGAGCUCACUGUGGCAAUAUUUGACCAUGAUUUGGUUGGAUCUGAUGAUCUGAUUGGGGAGACCAAGAUUGAUUUGGAGAAUCGAUUCUACAGCAAGCACAGGGCCAACUGUGGAGUGGCUUUGCAGUAUGACAUAGAUGGCUACAACAUGUGGCGAGAUGCUUUCAAGCCCACACAGAUCCUGGAUAGCUUAUGCAAGAAAACCUCGCUACCUGCAGCAGAGUACAGACAGGAGGAGGUCAAAGUGGGCAAUAAAAUCUUCAAGGUUCCUCCAGAGGCAUUUCCUGAAGAGGCCUCUGCAAGGAACCAGAGAGGAGUGGCAGAUGAGAACUGGUCAGUGGAUGAUGAACACAAGGCUUUGUACGUCCUGCAGCACUGGGAAGAGAUGCCAGGAUGUGGGUACAAGCUGGUACCAGAGCAUGUAGAGAUCCGGUCCCUUUACAACUCAGAGAACCCUGGGCUCGUGCAGGGCUCCUUGCACAUGUGGAUUGACAUGUUUCCAAAUGAUGUCCCUGCACCACCACCAGUGAAUAUCAAGCCACGACUACCUAUCAGCUAUGAGUUGCGUGUGAUUAUCUGGAACACAGACAACGUAGUCCUUGAUGAUGUCAACCCAAUAACUGGAGAGCCUUCUAGCGACAUCUACGUGAAAAGCUGGAUAAAGGGACUCGACCAUGACAAGCAGGAGACGGAUGUUCACUUUAACUCCUUGACUGGGGAGGGCAAUUUCAACUGGAGGUUCAUCUUCCGCUUCAACUAUCUCCCAACUGAGAAGGAGAUCACCUACAAGAAGAAGGAUUCUGUCUUUUCAGUGGAGGAAUCAGAGUUUCGUGAACCAGCUGUUCUGGUCCUCCAGGUCUGGGAUUAUGACAGGAUCUCAGCUAACGACUUUCUAGGCUCCAUCGAGCUGAAGCUGCAUGACAUGGUGCGGGCGGCCAAGAGCUCAGAGCAUUGCACCAUCAAAAUGGCAAAGGAGAAUGCUACACCUCGCUUCUCCAUCUUCCGAAACAAGCGCAUGCGUGGCUGGUGGCCCUUCAUCAGACUUGAAGAUCAAGAAGACAAGGAGAGAGAGGAGAGGAAAGCCAAGCAGAAAAGGAAGAAAAAGAAGUGGAGCAGCUCUGUCAAACAAGAAGACAUUGAGUUCACGGACCCCAGUGGGAACAAGUACCUCCUGACGGGUAAGGUGGAAGCGGAGUUCCAGCUGCUGACCGUGGAGGAAGCUGAGAAAAGUCCUGUUGGUUUGGGCCGAAAAGAGCCCGAACCCCUGGAAAAGCCUAACCGGCCAAAAACUUCUUUCAACUGGUUUGUGAAUCCUAUGAAGACCUUUGUGUUCUUCAUCUGGAAGCGAUACAAGAAGUACAUAAUUGUGCUGUUCCUGGUUGCUCUUCUGACUGUCUUCCUGGUUUUACUGAUCUAUACAAUGCCUGGAUACAUCAGUGAGAAGAUCAUCAAUGGAUAA